UCAAUUUUGUCUUGCCACAAAACACCAAACACAGAAUCCUCUCUCUAGCCAAAGAAAGAAAAGGAGAGGUUUUUUCGCUCUGUGAAUUCAUCUUCUAUGUAAGCUGAAGGCAAAAACAGAGGAAACUUUGGUGAAACUUUAGUAGGAAUGGCGUUUAUUCUACCGAAUCUUUCUCCUCCUAUCCUCCAACCCACAAAAUCCUCGAAAGAAAAACAGCCCUUUAUUCACCAAUACCGCACGGCCCUCUUAUCUUCUCCUUCUUCACAGAACAACACUCGGAUUGGCUCAUCUCUCUUCGCUCUUUCUCCUCCUGUGCUUCAAGAUGCGCAGGUUAAGUCUCCCCCAGGUGCGCAGGAUAAGCAUCACCAUGAAAAGGAUGAGUUCUAUGUCAAUCUUGGACUUGCUGUGCGGACGCUGCGUGAAGAUAUGUCUUUGCUCUUCACCAGAGACCUCAAUUACGACAUUUACAGGGAUGAUAUUACAUUUGUAGACCCUUUGAACACAUUUACUGGUAUUGACAACUACAAGCUGAUCUUCUGGGCAUUGAGGUUUCAUGGUAAAAUACUAUUUCGAGAUAUUUCUCUUGAGGUUUUUAGGAUUUGGCAGCCCUCGGAGAAUGUGAUAUUGAUUAGGUGGAACUUGAGGGGUGUCCCUAGGGUUCCAUGGGAAGCCAAGGGAGAAUUUCAGGGCACUUCCUGGUAUAAAUUGGAUAGAAAUGGGAAAAUUUACGAGCACAAAGUCGAUAAUUUGGCUUUCAAUUUCCCUCAGCAGCUCAAACCAGCGGUUUCAGUGUUGGAUUUGGUGGCUUCCUCAUACCCACCAAGUCCUAAUCCUACAUUUUUGUGGGGACCUGUGGAGGACUUAUACUCAUCUUCGUGGUUACAGUUCUAUCGAGCGGUGAGAGAGACAUUGGAUACUAGAGGAUGUAUGCUUGUUCAUGAUGGUUUGGCUACUUGUUCAUAGUUAGUUUGAGCAGCAACUUGAUUGGGGACACCUUAUGUAUACCGGGAAAUAUAGUUUAUCAUAUACAUGUACUAGUGAAUUAUAUCUUCAUAUGAUGUAUUGGCCUAUAAAUAACUGUGGACUUUGUUGAAGGCUAGAGGUCAGUGUACAUACUCAAAAGAGACCAUUAGUUGUAUUCAUAUGCCAAGCUCAUGCAGAUCGGCUAUGUAUGCAUACAAGAUAUCAGUUAAUGCUUGAAAAUUCAAUUAAAGUUUGCCUCUCA